AUGAGUGAGACCGACGAAGCCAUGACCGGCGUCGACGGCGGUGAAUCGCGUCUGCCCCUCUCCGAAGAUGAGACGAAGGUGCUGGAGCUGUACGACAGGCUGCAGGAGCUGCGGCUCGAGAUCGCCAUCAUCAACGCGCAGCAAGUCGGUAAGAAUAUCACAUGCCAGACGCGUUAUGAUGGGGACCUCACAGCGGCGCAAAACGCCCUUCUCACAGCACGAGCAAGAUACAGACUACGCAACGACGCAAUCGAGGCCGUCAUGAUGGCAAACCCCAUCCUCAAGGCCGUCCACAGCGGCACACAAGCAUCACCAAUAGAGCGGCACCUGAACCUCUUCCCCUACAUAGAGCAGAGGGAUGAGACCUCCAUCUCGGUAGCCAAGCACGCAGACAGCAUGGCGAAGCUCCGCCGCGACCUGGCCAGCGUCCAGGUGCAGAGUAUACGCGUAUGCCGCGAGAACGUCAAGCUUACGGCACAGGUAUUCGAGCUCGCGGAGCAGGCCAAGCAGCGCAAGGCCGUCCGCUUGGACGAUCCCGACGUCCAGCGGGAGAUGGACAAGCUGACGAGAGAGGUCAAGGCCAGCAGGCAGCGGUGGAAGGUCAUGAAGGGCGUAGCUAGUGGCAUCGUUGCUGGCAGUGGCGUCGAUUGGGCUGCGGAUGAGGAGCUGCGCAACAUCGUAUUAGACCCUGAGGAUGAAGACUAG